AUGUCUCUCCACGUCGGCGGUCCCUCUCGUGGCACCCGAUUCCGUCCGCUGUCUCUCGACCUCCCCAAGCCGCUCUUUGAAGUCGCCGGCCACCCCAUCAUCUGGCACUGCUUGGCCGCGGUUGCGCGCGUCAAGCAGAUCCAGGAGGUCUACAUUAUCGGCUAUUACGAUGAGUCCGUCUUCCGCGACUUCAUCAAGGACUCCGCCCGGGAGUUCCCUGGCAUCAACCUGCGGUACCUGCGCGAGUACGAGGCCCUGGGUACCGCCGGCGGCCUGUACCACUUCCGCGACGCCAUCCUCAAGGGCCGCCCCGAGCGCCUCUUUGUGCUCAACGCCGACGUUUGCUGCUCGUUCCCGCUCGAGGAGAUGCUCAAGCUCUUCAUGGAGAAGGACGCCGAGGCCGUCAUCCUCGGCACGCGCGUGAGCGACGACGCCGCCUCCAACUUUGGCUGCAUCGUCUCCGACGCGCACACGCGCCGCGUGCUGCACUACGUCGAGAAGCCCGAGUCGCACAUCAGCAACCUCAUCAACUGCGGCGUCUACCUCUUCUCCACCGACGCCAUCUUCCCGUCCAUCCGCUCGGCCAUCAAGCGCCGCACCGACCGCCCCGCCCGCCUCAAGGAGGUGAUUCGACUGGAGCAGGACAUCCUCGGCGACAUGGCCGACAGCAAGCAGUUCUUCGUCUACGAGACCAAGGACUUCUGGCGCCAGAUCAAGACGGCCGGCUCCGCGGUGCCCGCCAACGCCCUGUACCUGCAAAAGGCCUGGCAGAGCGGCAGCGAGGAGCUCGCCCCCGCCAGCGCCAACAUCGUGCCCCCGGUCUUCAUCCACCCGACCGCCGAGGUCCAUCCCACGGCCAAGCUGGGCCCCAACGUCAGCAUCGGACCCCGCGUCGUCGUCGGCGCCGGAGCCCGUGUCAAGGAGAGCAUCGUGCUCGAGGACUCGGAGAUCAAGCACGACGCCUGCGUGCUCUACUCCAUUAUUGGCUGGGGCAGCCGCGUGGGCGCCUGGGCUCGCGUCGAGGGCUCGCCCACGCCUGCUGGCAGCCACUCGACUAGCAUCAUCAAGAACGGCGUCAAGGUGCAGAGCAUCUCCAUCCUGGGCAAGGACUGCGGUGUUGGUGACGAGGUCCGCGUGCAGAACUGCGUUUGCUUGCCGUACAAGGAGCUGAAGAGGGACGUUGCCAACGAGGUCAUUAUGUAA